CUCCAUAAAGUACUGAAUGCUGUAGGACAAAUGCCCUUGUUAAUAGUUCCUCGUUUUCUAGACCCCACGUCAGUUAGUCUCUUUCCCUUCCCAGUUAGAUCAGUACUGUCCCGUGGAAUUUCCUGCAGUGAUGGAAGUGUUCUGCACCUACGCUGUCCAACUCAACAAAGUAGCCACUAGCUACAUGUGUCUUUUGAGCACUUGAAAUAUAGCUAGUGUGACAGAGGAACUGAAUUUGUAAUUUUAUUUUAACUAAAAUUUAAAUAGCUACAUGUGGCUAGUGGCCAUCACAUUGGAUAACAUGGCUCUGGGUUUUACCGGGGUUUAUUUUUAGCUCUUGGCUGCCCGUAGCCUUUUUUAGGAUGCUCUUAUUUUAUUUACCUCUCUAAUGCUUUCUUUUAAAAUUUGAUGACUUAAUUGCUCUAAGAACUCUCUCCUUACUAGGAAAAUAAUGCUUUUCAUUUCUACUGGCAAAGACUAAAUUUAGUCUGCUGGUCUUUGCUCUCAUCUGCUGCUUGGUUUCUGCUUCAUAGCUUACCCAAAAACUUUCUUUAGGGAAUAAUAUCUUUGUUGCUGCAGCUUCCCUGGGAUGAAUUUUCCACUUAAGGAUACAUUUUAUUACCUCUUCUUCUAAUUAUUUGUAGCUUCUUGUCAAGAGUCUUUUUGAAGAGGGCAAAUCGUUUUUACCCCAAUAUUGAUAAAUUUAGCCAUACAUGGUGGGGCAGAUUUUAAGCCAGCUCAUGCUGGUUCCUUUAUAAGGACUGAUAUAGUGAUAUUCCAGAGCAAAAUAGACAUCCAGGAGUUUCCCUAGCUUGGAUGACCUCUUACGUUUGAGUCAUAGGUGAGUUGCCUUUGGAUCUAGAAGUUGGAGUGAUGCUUGUUGGAAUACUUGACUCAUUAAUUUUAAGUACCUCUAGAACUAUUGAUUUUGAACUAUAACAGAAAAAUCAUCUUCUUUAUUAUCAUUUCUGUGUUAAUGUGUGUGCUACUCCUGGAGAAGAUUUAGAUAAUUGGUGACAUUAUCUGUGCUCUCUCAUACAGCUACUACACUUGCAAGUUGGGCAAAUUUUGAAACCAGAGGAUCCUAGCUUUAAGAUCACAACCACUUAGAGAGCAGCUCAGACAUCAUGUGUUAGGAACAAAUGGAAUAAAGGCAAGGCAAGGUUGGGACCUGUGACCAAUAUUCUUGAUAUGUGUUUUUUAAAGUAAUUCCUGUCAGUGGUGAAAGGAGAUGUGUCCAGGACUUUACGUUUCUCAGAGUGUACUAAAGACCUCUUUUUUUGGAAGGAUGGAGCCAAAAGUAUUAAGGGCUCUGUCUCUCCUCGGCUUCUCCCCAGUUUAAAUUUUUCUUUUUAAGUUUGGGAAUUGUUGAUGUAGGAUUAGGAACCAAGCCAAGUCAUCAGGCAAGAGAGACAGAUUCAUAAUUUCUGGAUGUGGCUGGAAACAGGGAAAUCGAUACUAAAGGAGGUCAUACUAGUAAACUGGGAACAAAAUCUUGGUUGUGGAAGUCUUUGCUUUUCAGUAGCUCAUAUGCUGCAGUGGCUGUUUGUUUUUGUUUUUUUAACAUCUUUAUUGGAGUAUAAUUGCUUUACAAUGGUGUGUCAGUUUCUGCUUUAUAACUGCAGUGGCUAUUUGAAGUAGUGGUUGUUACGUGGUUGUGAAAGGCGCUCUCUAAAUGUAUUAUGAUACAGGAGGAUUUAAAAUAACAAUAGAACCCCAUUGUCCGUAGCUUAAUGGGUAGAUUAAAAUAGUAUAACCUUGCCCCACACUUGGCAUAAUAAUAGAAGAUAUUAACAGCAAGGUAAUAGCAAAUUCAAAAUUGUGGUCCACAUAAACUAUUUUUGAACUGCCUCUGAUUCAUUCUUCUUCUAUAAAUUGUCACAAUAUUACUUAGCCUCAGUUUACAUUAAGAUGAGAUGUUCAGUAAAGAUCUUUUCUGAUUGUAGCCUAUUAAACUGAGUAUAGAAUGGCCUUUAUGUGGCGUUUGGAAGGUGGAGAUGAGAGGUGCACAUGAUGGCAUAUGGACAUGCUAACUACUCUAGCAGCUCUGAUGGUCUUCAGAAAUGGAUAAAUGCUGAGCUAGCAAUAAUGAAGAAUGAUUUAGUCUCUCGUAGGAUGUGCUUCUCUCAUUCAUGGGUCAUGCAUAUGACAUAGGCAUAGAAAUGUAAAAUUUUAGGUUUAUAUUAUAUAUUUAUGAAUGUUUUUGUAGUCCAGUGCAAGUUAAAAUGGAAAACUUGUAGUUAGCAGUGAUAGUAGCAGCAUGCUGCACAGCUCUAAGUCAGUUGCAGUUAUUAAUAAAGGUAAAACUAACUAAAUGUGCCUAUUGCUUUUUCUUAUUUAGGGCUUUUACUCUCAAUCUGACAUCACUUUAUUUCAAAUGCAUGGUAAGACAGGAAGAACACUGAGAUGGUAUCAAAACCCACUUCCUUUUAUGCACAAAAAUAAAGAGCUCUGACAGCAAAACUGAUACUUCUAGUUGGAAAUCGAUAGAAACUCUUGAUAUAGGUAUACCUUUUAGCCAGAUAGGGACAGAGAAUAGAACUUUGAAAUUCAGUCCAAUGUUAACACUGGUUUAUUGAUUUCUGUGUAAGGUGGAAGAACUUAGAAGUUUGUAGUUCUGGUUCCUAAUUUUCAGACAGGAAACAAUGUUCAGAGACGAGCUUUUUGGAAUUCCAAUCCAAGUAUCGUCCAGACUGUCACAACCAUCCUCUCCUCAGUCAGGCUGCCCAUCACCCACCAUUCCAGCAGGUAAAGUCAUUUCUCCAUCACAGAAGCACAGCAAGAAGGCACUAAAGCAGGCUCUAAAACAGCAACAGCAGAAGAAACAGCAGCAGCAGCAAUGCAGGCCAAGCAUGUCCAUCUCCUCCAACCAGCACCUCUCUCUGAAGACUGUCAAAGCAGCCAGUGACUCUGUACCUGCCAAACCUGUGAUAUGGGAAGGAAAGCAAUCUGACGGACAGUCAAGCAGCCCUCAGAACUCAAACUCUAGCUUUUCUUCUUCAGUUAAAGUGGAAAACCCUUUGCUAGGCCUGGGAAAGAAGUCAUUCCAGAGGUCUGACAGGCUUCACACAAGGCAAAUGAAGAGGACUAAAUGUGCUGAAAUUGAUGUUGAGACACCAGACUCCAUUCUGGUUAAUACAAACCUACGAGCACUAAUCAACAAACACACCUUUUCAGUCCUUCCUGGAGAUUGCCAACAGCGACUGCUUCUACUACUUCCAGAGGUGGAUCGACAGGUUGGUCCAGAUGGUCUGAUGAAGUUAAAUGGCUCAGCCCUUAAUAAUGAGUUCUUCACUUCAGCAGCCCAAGGCUGGAAGGAAAGACUUUCAGAAGGUGAAUUUACACCUGAGAUGCAGGUGAGAAUUCGACAAGAGAUUGAGAAGGAGAAAAAAGUAGAGCCUUGGAAAGAACAAUUCUUUGAAAGCUACUAUGGUCAGAGUUCUGGCCUGAGCCUUGAAGAUUCAAAGAAAUUGACAGCUUCACCCAACGAUCCCAAAGUAAAGAAAACCCCAGCUGAGCAACCAAAAUCCAUGCUUCCUUCAGAGGCCUCUCCUGUCAAUAUAGUCUCAGUAAUUCCCCAGUUAGUGUCUAAAGAAGAAGUACUACAACUGCCAUCACCAGUCAGAAAAGAAGAGCAUGAAAGCCAAGAUAAGAUGCAGCCAAACUCCAAAUCCCCAGAGCCCCUGCUUUCCUCAGCUCCCAAUACAGAUGAGCUUAGCAGCGUCCCUCCCAUCAAGUGCCCAAAGGAUGAGGCUCUCUUGGAGCAAAAGCUAGUUGCCUCUGCUGAACAGAAGUCUGAGAAAGAGAGUCAUCUCACUACAACUUCAAAUUAUAACAAAAAUGAAAGCCAAGAAGCUUUAGUUACAUCCCUGAGCAAACCCAAGAGCCCUGGGGUAGAAACAACAGUAGUGAAGCCCAUAGUAGAAGCAGGUCUACAGGAGACCACUAUGAAAGAGCCUCCAUCAACUCUGGCUGAUCACAGCCCAGAAAGCCUCAAGAGGAAAUCUUCUGUCACCCAAGAAGAGGCCCCUACAAGCUGGGAGAAAAGACCACGUGUCACUGAGAAUCGCCAGCACCAGCAGCCAUUUCAAGUCUCCCCACAGCCCUUUCUCAGUAGAGGGGACAGAUUCCAGGUGCGGAAAGUACCACCUCUCAAGAUCCCGGUCUCCAGAAUCUCCCCCAUGCCGUUUCCUACAUCGCAGGUCUCUCCCAGGGCUCGUUUUCCAAUCUCCAUCACUAGUCCUAACAGAACAGGAGCCAGAACUCUCGCAGACAUCAAGGCAAAGGCCCAGCUGGUCAAAGCACAGAGGGCAGCAGCUGCCGCCGCAGCCGCAGCUGCUGCAGCCGCCGCAGUCGGAGGGACCAUUCCCGGACCUGGCCCAGGGGGUGGACAAGGCCCAGGAGAGGGGGCUGAAAGGAGAACCGCUAGAGGAGGGAGUCCAGACCCAAACAGAGUCAGUGAAACUGGAAAGGGCCCCACACUGGAACUGGCAGGAACUGGAAGCAGGGGAGGUACGAGAGAGCUUUUACCCUGUGGUCCAGAGACUCAGCCCCAAUCUGAGACCAAGACCCCAGGCCAGGCACAGUCUCACAGUGUCUCUGGAGCACAACUACAGCAAACCUCCUCAGUGCCUCCACCAUCUGCCAUCAGUGGAGCGUGCUCAAGUGUCCCGUCACCAGCCCACGCUAACACACCCCCACCAGCUUUAGGGAAAGUAAGUAAUGAAAAACUGAAUCCCACCAGGGCGGCAGCCACGGUGGCCUCUCUUAGCCACCCACAAGGGCCCAGUAAUGGUAGGCAGGAGAAAGCACCUCCUACUCCAGCAGAUCCUGCUGUAAUCGCAGGUGCCUCACCUGUUCAUUUUGCAGUCGAUGGCACAGUUGAGCCCAAAGCAGGUUCUAGUAAGAAUACACCAAACCCUCCAGCCUCAGCAGAGAUAAGUGCUAGUGCUUCAGUGGACAUGACUCCCUCCCCUUUAACAUCUUUAUUAGCAACAGCCUCUUUAGAGAAGCUUCCUGUACCCCAGGUCGUUGUAACCAUAGCACCUACUGGAUCAGCUCCAUCCUCGAGCACUUUGCCAGCAGCUUCUAGCCUUAAGACCCCAGGAGCUUCUUCAAGUAUGAAUGGACCCAUUUCAAGGCCAAGCUCUAAUAUCCCUGCUAAUAAUCCUUUGGUAACUCAGCUGCUGCAAGGCAAAGAUGUUCCCCUGGAGCAAAUUCUGCCUAAACCUCUCACCAAAGUUGAAAUGAAAACCGUUCCACUAACUACAAAAGAGGAAAAGGGGAUGAUGGUAGGAGCACUCGCAGGUACCAGCCUAACAGAAAAUAGCACCAGAGAGGAAGUUAAUGAGAGACAGUCCCAUCCAGCUACACAGCAACUGGGUAAAAGUUUGCAAAGUAAGCAGCUCCCCCAAGUUCCAAGACCCCUUCAGCUCUUUUCAAGUAAGGAUCUAAGGGACGCUAGCAUUGACACACACCAAUACCAAGAAGGACUAAGUAAAGCAACCCAAGAUCAGAUCCUUCAGACACUCAUCCAGAGGGUUCGGAGGCAGAAUGUUCUCUCGUUUGUGCAGCCCUCCCAGUUCAACUUCACUCACUCAGGUUUCCAGUUAGAGGACAUCUCCACAAGCCAGAGGUUUAUGCUGGGUUUUGCUGGCAGAAGGACAUCCAAGCCUGCAAUGGCAGGUCACUACUUACUUAACAUUUCCACCUAUGGCCGGGGUUCAGAGAGCCUUAGGAGGACCCAUUCUGUAAACCCCGAAGACCGAUUUUGUCUAAGUAGCCCCACUGAGGCCUUGAAGAUGGGAUAUACAGAUUGUAAAAAUGCAGCAGGAGACAGUAGCAGCGGUAAAGAAGAUGAUACUGAUGAGGAAAGUACUGGUGAUGAGCAAGAAUCUGUCAUGGUGAAGGAGGAGCCACAGGCUUCCCAGAGUUCUGGCAAGUGUGAAGCAAGUUCAGGACCCCACAGUAGAGAAACCCUAUCCACCAGUGAUUGUUCAGCUAAAAAGAAUGUGAAGGCAGAGAUGCCAGUGCCUGAGCAAACCACUUUAAGCAAAGAAAAUUACCUGUUCGCUAGAGGCCAAACAUUUGAUGAGAAGACCCUAGCCAGAGAUUUUAUUCAGGCAGCACAGAAGCAGAUGGCUCACGCAGUGAGAGGUAAGACCGUGCGGAGCAGCCCUGAGCUUUUCAAUUCUACUGCUCUUCCUCUACCUGCAGACAGUCCUACCCAUCAGUCUCUACUCCUUCCACCACUGCAAACCCCAAAGCUGUAUGGAAGCCCCACACAGAUUGGGCCAAGCUACAGAGGCAUGAUCAACGUCUCCACCUCAUCGGACAUGGACCAUAACUCUGCUGUACCGGGGAUGCCUGACUGUAGCCAGGUAUCUAGCAAUGUCGGUGAUGUCAUGUCCUUUUCAGUGACUGUCACAACCAUCCCUGCUAGCCAAGCUAUGAAUCCCGGCAACCACGGCCAGACCAUUCCUGUUCAGGCCUUUCCUGAAGAGAACAGCAUAGAGGACACACCUUCGAAAUGUUACUGCCGAUUGAAAGCCAUGAUCAUGUGCAAGGGGUGUGGAGCCUUCUGCCACGAUGAUUGCAUUGGCCCCUCCAAACUGUGUGUCUCCUGCCUUGUCGUUCGGUAAUGAGACCGGGAGGACACACUGUAAAGAAGGCAGGAAGGGGGAAGGGUUGACAGAUGUGGUUUUUGAGUUCUUUUGGAAUCACAGAAAUAAACUAGGUUUCAGUUGUCUUAAGAGACAAGUGUUACUUAAUCAGGAAUACAGAGUACAGAUCUUACAUUUUAGAGGAAAAGCACCUUGUAUAGUAAGUCCAAGUCAAGACUUUGUGAAUUUGUGACAAGUUUGCACUUACAAAAUCAUGUAAAUAUGUCACAUCUUGUUUUAACAUUUUUCCAGGUGUUUAGGUAAUAAUGUAUCACUUUGACUUCAGAUUGAUGUUCCACUUCACGUGACUUUGAAAAGUUUAAUGCCAUGCAUGGUGAAAGGAAGCGAUUUCCCUUCUGCCCUUUCUUAAGAGGCUAGGAAAAGAAAGGAGUGAGGGAAUGGUCUGAAGAAAUGACCACUCAUGUUGAUUAUGUCUUGACUGUCUGACCGCAGGCUUUACGUAGGUUAUUCAGCCUUCACAGGAUUUGGAUUCAGGGUUUACUCAGUCCCUUUACCUUAGAUGGAACCUUCUCAAGUUCAAAUUUUUGAUAAGGUAUUAAUUUCACAGGCAGUACUUCAGACUCUGAAAAUUCUGACUUGGUUCUUGGCUUCCAUAAACGAGUACUAUUGCCAGGCACUCUGCUUGCAGUUUGUGGAUCCCUGCUGUUCCCUAAUCCCACUCCCUUGCCCUGAAGCAGCGUGCAUGGUCCAUGAAAAGUUUGCCUCGCAGGGCCCCUUGGGUUACCAUCACCUGUGCAGGGCAGUAAUUCCAGCAAUAAUCUCCGAGGAUUUAGUCAUUCGUGGGAGCUUACAAACAAGUUUGAAAUACUAGUAUAAAAUUAACAGAAAAGUGUUAGUGAUAGGGUGAUUUGAACUAUGUGUUUUGUUGGGUAAGCAGAGUGAAGGUGCAGAAACUGUUGAACUGAACAUAAAGAACUUUGGAAAACAAUUUUAACACUAGAAACAAAGUAGCCCCUCUCAUCUUCUUCUCUCCCAACCUGUUACCUAAUGUUCUACAGUUAGCUGUUGCUACAGGUAGAAAACCUCAUUAAUACCACAUUUGCCCAUUCUGUUAAACCUGUUUUGACCUCCCAGGCAUCUGAGGAAUAUGGGAGUAAUCUUGUAUAUUACUCUGAACAUAACACGUGUGCGUGCGCACACACACACCGUAAAAGUCAGACACUUUUCCUGUUUUAGAAAACAUGUCCCCUUUCUUGGACUACUGCUCUCUACACACUAGAAAUUUCUAAUGUAAAGGGGCUUUAGUGAAUGACUUAGGGAACAUCUAGAAAGGAAAAGAAAUCGGCUGCAAAUUUUUGUUUGUUUAUUUUUUGUUUCCUUUAUGUUGAAUUCUGUCUCUAGUGACUAAAGAAUUUUUGAGUACAUACAUUUAGGUCAUGGUUAAAGAACAUUAAAAUAAAUCUACAAUUUACCAGAAUUCGGUAUUAAAAAGUUGGGGAUUGUCAAUGUGUAUCAUUUGCAUAUUGAUUUCAGAUCUCCUAAUUUCACGUAUGUAAAGGACAUACAUUAUUAGUGCAACCUAGUACAGUCAUAGUUGUACUUAAUAUUCAGGAUGUGAUAUAUACAAAAUGCAGAACAGUUUUUUGUUUGUUUGUUUGUUUUUUGCGGUACACGGGUCUCUCGCUGUGGUGGCCUCUCCCGUUGCGGAGCACAGGCUCCAGACGCGCAGGCUCAGCGGCCAUGGCUCACGGGCCCAGCCGCUCCACAGCAUGUGGGAUCUUCCCGGACCGGGGCACGAACCCGUGUCCCCUGCAUCAGCAGGCGGACUCUCAACCACUGCGCCACCAGGGAAGCCCCCUGCAGAACAGUUUAGACUCGUUAACUAAGUCACAUUCCAGAUUAGGGGCAAGUAGGCAGUAGUAAUCUUAGCUUUGCACCCAUUCUGCUACCCACCCCUCCCUACCUCACCUCCUGCAUUAUACAUACACUCUUUUAAUACUUUCAAACCCCAUAAGAAACUAUUUACUUCUAUUUUUUAUUUUUUGUUCCUGAGUUUUUUGUGACCCAAAGCAAAUACAGGAUUAAUAUCUGUGUUCUAGUUUCAACCAAGAUAAUUUGAUGUCCUUCUAACUUCCCUUUUUCUUCCAGCACACACAUAGCUAAGAGGUAAGAAAUCUGUAAGGAUCCAGGGAUAAGGAGCAAGUUCUCCAGCCAAUAACCAGUACGAGUCAGAAACCAUGGUUCUGUUCCCAAACUUUCAGUGCCCUGGGUAAUCCCAGGGGGUGUUAAAAAGACCUAUUGCUAUCUAAAACUCUCCAUUCCCAGCUUCCUCACUCCCCACUUGAGUGGCAGGACUGAGGGGUGGUCUGCUGCCAGAAGUGGUUGACUGUUUCAGAACCGACCCCACGGUGAGCACGAGUUAAUCAAUUUGGAUUUUCAAAAUGAUUUUUCUUCUUCACACCUUUCCUAUCAUAGAAAGUCUCUCCUCCAUGGUUCUCUUAAUCUGAGGAUGGACAGACUAACCAGGAAAGGAGGAAAGGCAUCAGGGAUUUUCAAGUCCAUUUAGAGAGCAAACCACAUCGUGCCUAUUCAUCUUGACCCAGGCUCUUGCAGGUAGGUCCUAAGCAUUACUAUUCACCAGAUUCUCUUUACAGAUAAUACCCAGCUAAUAAAAUACUCAAUAAAUCGUCAACUAGGUACACUGCCUCACUCUUGACUAAAUGAGAGAAUAGUUAGAUUCUCUUAGAUUGGUAGAAAAUUGAGUGCAAUCUAUCGGUUUCAAAACGGUUUCACAUAGAAGGUCAUUCAUCUUGUGCUGACUGAGCUAAGAAAAAAGAAAAAUUACAAUCUGGCCCUUUUGAAAAUGAAGCAGUGGGAACAAGAAAACCUUUAAAUUAUUAGAAUAUGGUAUUCCAGUACCUUUAAAGCAGUUUUUAUCUUAGGUUUUCAGUUACUUUACCUUUCAAUUCAGUCUGAAAUGUUUCUAAUAAGUGCUAAGCUUAUUUUUAUGGUAUUAAGUUGCACUGUUUCCAGUGACUAGUCAGGCAUUAUGCCUGAUGCUUAUGCCUCCAGGGUAUGCUUCUCAAGCCUUCAGAUAACCUUCCACUUCAGGUCACCUUGGGGAGGUGGCAUUAACAAUAUAUCAUCUCAGUCUUACUUGGGAAUGUUCUAAGUUGUCUAGUAGAGAAGACUCCCUAAAUUUUAAAGAAUUUUUAUUAAAAUUCUCCAUCCUAUUAAACAGAAAAUAAAGCCAAAUAACCUGGAGUUGUUUGCCCUACGUAACCCCUGUGUUGAAGAUACUGAAGCUGUCUGUGGUACCCCAUGUAACAUCUUUAAGAAUAAGGUCCGGCAGAUGGGAAAUUUUUCUUGGGGCAGGGGAAGCAUACUUACAUGGGCUGGGAAGGCACACAGUGUAGACGUUUCAGGAGUUAUCACAGAUUUAAAUAGCCAAAGGAGGACGUCAUUGCCUUCCAGGUGAAGGCAUAAAUUGGUACAUUAAUAAUUGGACCGUUUACCAUCCUAAUUGCUCUUAUUGCCUUUCUUCACCUAAGAGUCCUUAAAGAACUCUUGGGUGAAAUUAUUUGUUAUAAUGAGGGGGUCUUCUCUGGUCAUUACAUCACUCUUUGUUUCUAGAGCUCAUUGUCAGUAAGCAGUACCAGGGUUGUUUUCUCUGUGACCUACAGAUUUCACAGCAAGGAGAGAAAAGUCUCCCUGUUGCAUUACAACAAUGUGCUAAGUAAAAAAACUUGGCCAAGGGUACUUUGCAGCUCAAUUUAUAGAAUAGUCCAAAGAGACUCCGAGAAACAUGAUGAUAGGCUGGGAUCUUUCCUACUGUGUUUCAAUACCUACAUAACCUAUUGAAAGAGGACAAUAGGUAAAGCGGUUCCUAAAGUUGGAAGUAAGACCUUCAUAGAUUCUUGGUUACUUAUUUUUUUUAAUGCUUUACAUUUGAUACAACUAUUAAAGAUCAAUUUUAAAAAUAGCUUUCCAGUAAUAUAUUUUAAGUAAUAUAUAUUUUAAUAUCUAUGUAAAAAGUGACAGUGGGAGACUUUGAAUUUCUCAUAUAAGGUAUGUUUAAUGUAGGGCCUCACUGUUAAGGCACAAAUUAUUUCAAAGGAAGUUACUCUAAAGACACUCAGAUUAUUUCCAAAAAAAUGCAAUAAGGGGAAGAGUUUUGGAGUUUAUUUUUUAUUUUAAAAGAAAAUUGACUUAUUUACCACAAGCUAUUUUUUUUUUCCUUCUGGCUAAAAGAUUUGUACAGACUGGUUUGGUAAAUGCUAAACUUUUGUGUCUUUUGCCUUUUUAAAGGAAUUGUUAACAUUGGAAUUGAGGGUAUGUACAGAGAAGUUGGUGUCAACACCAUUUAAAAAGUCAUAUUUUUUCACAAAUAUAGAAAAAUCAUUUUACAUAAGAAUUUUAAGUAUUUGCAAUAAAUAUAUGUAUAUAGAUUGUAUGUAUUCAUAUAUUCUUAUUUUUCAUUUUAUUAUUAAGUAAAAGAUAAUUAAAGUGGAAAUAAAAACCUUGGAGUUUUCGGUGCAUCUUGAGGUCUGACAUACUUGUGAAAGUGGUGUGGGUAAGGGCCCUCAGUUGUUGCCUUAUACUACUAUUGGAAGAUUACCAACAGAUUGCAUAGAAGAUAGUAAAAUUAGGAAUUUGGUGAUAAAUCAGGGUAGCAUAUUUCUUUCAGAACUCUAGUAAAAAUAUUAAAUUCUCCUAAUAUGCCUGUCUCUGUGCUUUCACCCUUGAACUGUUCUCUCUCCUAACCACCUAAUGUUACUGGGAAAGUAAAAACAAAACAAAACACAGUGCGUUGUUUUUUAAUGUGCCCAUUGUUUGCUUCUAAGACAAAGAAUGGCAAGAAAAUAUCUCGGGGUGGGGGUGGGGCGGGAAUAGGUUUUCCUUUCUCCACAGUGGUUAAUAAUUCAUUAGCAAACAUUCAUUUCCACCACCUUCCAGGCCAUAGGGUUUAUGUGAAGAAAUAAUAUCGUGAAGAUAAUAGAAAAGUUUUUUUCUGUUUCCCUUCUUUGAGAAGUGAGUUUUAUAGCCAGUUUUAUGUCCUUCCCAACUGAUCUGGAGAUAGAAGGGCUAAGAGAACUUGAAUGUUGAUCUCCCUAAUGUCAGGAAGAGUGUUUAUGGAAAUGAGGACUUAACCAAAACGUUAAGAGAGGUUAACCAUACCUAGAGAUAAUCGAGUCCUGCUGUCCAAGAGAAGUCAUUUGGUGAUUGUAAAUAUUUAGUUUUAGGAUAUGAUUGAGGAAGCAAACGGAUACCUAGAUAGUCUCUGGGAAUAAAGGUGUGUAGCCCGUUCUUUAAAAAUGAAUAAUAUAUAGCUUUAUUGGUGACCUGAAAGGAAAUAAGGUCAGAGUUUGAAGAAUAUCUUAAUGACCCAUGAAACACUUUUAAUUAUAGUUCACUAGUUCUCCCCAUAAUUGCUCAGUUGUGGUUAUUUUAACUGAUAAAAACAGCAAUUUUUGGAAAUUAGGAUACUUAAGAAUGCUUCCCGACCCCCGUAAGGCCACGCUCUGUGGCAUGCUGGAUCUUAGUUCCCCAUCCAGGAAUAGAACCCGUGCCCCCUGCAUUGGGAGCACAGAGUCCUAACCACUGCACCACCAGGGAAGUCCCAAGAAUGUUUUUUAAAAGACGGCCUUAUUAUUUUUCAAAAAUUGAAAAUUCAAACAUAGGGCUGCCCAAAGACAUUGAGAAUAGUUCAGAUGUCUAAGAGAACAGCGCUAAAUCUUUGCUGAAAAUACACUAUCUCUAAAGGAAAAAUUUUAAGUCUCAGGGAACAUCUGCAUCCUCGUGAUUCCCAUAUAUGGUAGAUACGAAUGAAGGUGAAAUAUUUAAAUGUGUGUGAACCAGUUCAUGAUGACUGUUUACAAAGACCACCCCCCCUCAAUUUUUAACAUGUACUUUCUGUUAUUUAUUCCUACCUCAUAGGAAGUAAAAUUCAUAUUCAGGUAAUGACAUAGGACCCUAAGGUAUAGUGGGACUGCAGUUAAUCGAGAAAGAGCAGUACAUCACGACACAGCUUCAACUUGGAUCCCCAGCUUUCCUUUAUUUACAUCACAGAGUCUUAGAAACCUGUGUUCAUCGCUCUUAACACUAGUUGACCAAGAGUGGUCUUCACAAAUCAAAUUUCGCAUGUUUCUAGUUCUUGUACAUAAAUCAUGUUACUCACUCAUUCAAAUACCUUUUGAACAUCUGUGUGCUAAGCACUGUGCUAAGGUUCUGGUUAAGCAAAGGUAAAGAAAAGCAGUCAUGUAAGUUGUAAAAGGUCUUCCUAAAAGUAGUAACCAUACAGCACAUGUCUAGUUCACAGCUCAAGGAGUAAUAUAUGCUACGUUAUUUCCCAAGACGCGUUAGAAGUUUAAGAGUAAAUGAACUACGAAAUAGAAGCAUUUGAGGCACUUGGCAAAACAUGAAGAAAGAAAAGAAAGGCAUUGCCCCUACAUGAAAUUAACAGUGUGGAGUUGAGCCAGGUUGAUAAAAUUUACCUUUUUUUUGACAACUGUCACUGGAAGAUCUAGAGAUUAAUCAGAAUUUCAAGGAAUCUCUUGGUAAUACCUAAAUUGAGAAAAUCAGGCCGAAAGCAAUCCCUUUCAAUGAAUACUGUUCAGUAUGUCAGUAAAGAUAUGUAAUGUAUUGAAUUGCUUCAUCUUAUGUUCAACUAACCCUUUCAAAUAACAAUUUGGUAAAUAAUGCAGCUUUCCUGUCAAACCCAAAAUAAGCUAAAGGGAAUAAAAAAACAUAACCUUGAUUUUCAUCUUAUAGACUGGUGAGAAGGAAGUGUAUUCAUUUAAAAUUGUUAGAUGUUUCAUCCCCUUUUUCCCUCCAUAAUGGAUAAAAUUACCGUUCUUUUUCUUCUAAUACUGUAGAAUUGACUUUUUUUUUUUCCUUUCUAAGUCACAACUUGCAUUAAAAGAGGCUUCAGCUGGACACUACCCCUUAUAAAGUGGCCUAAAUCCUAAUUCUUUAAGACUUUCUGGUAGAAGGGUUUUAAAAGGAUAAAUGAAUAUAUUUUGUCAGUGCUUAUUAUUGAACUUUCCUUACCUGGGUUACUGGACUUGCAACUUGAAUUCUGUAUUCCAAAAUACCCAUGUUCACCUUUUAGUCAAAAAUUAUGAGGUGUAUUCCACCAUGUAAUACAGUCUCAACUCUGUCCAGGAACUAGGAGGGCAGAUAUCCUGUGUUUUCCUUAUACUUAGUGACAUAAAACAGAAGAUUGGGUUUCUUUCAUAGGGACUGUAUAAAUGAAGGAAUCUCUGUACCUCUGUGUAUCUUUCAGUCUUAACCUAAAAACGGAAUCCCUACAAAGAUUUCCUUAUAACAAAAAGGACAGACUAACCCUGGAAGAGAGAGAUGAUGAGCUAUGGAGAUGGGCUGUGACUAGAUAGUAGGUUGUCCUGAAGAAUAACUGCAAACUCAACUUUCCUGGUUCUUCAAGCUCAAAAGAAACUAAAGGGAAUUUUUUAAAUCCUGACUUUCAUCUUGACUACAAAACCUAUCGAGUGCCUAGGAGAGAAGAAAGAUAAACCCAAGACUGGAUAUAAGAUAGAUUUAAGUAAACGUGGAAUUAUUCUUACCCUUUUACCGAAUUUUUAUUUUUAAGAUUUGGGUUCCCAUAAUGUAAUGAAUUGCCAUCAGUGGACCAUGGAAUUUGAUGUGAGGCAUUUUGUGGGCUAAGUAAUAGUUUUCUGUUGAACUAUAUCGUCUAUCUAGUGACAGCUUUUGCCACUGCUCAGGAUUUAGGAGUGUGCACCUGUGUCUUAGUGACACAAACAUUGGCUCAUAAAUACUAUAUUAAACCAACUUGAGUCAGCACUUUAUUAACUUUAAUCAUGGAUCCCUUUUUAAAUACUUAAUAUUUAAAAUUCAGAUUAGCCCAAUAAGAAAGCAAUGCAUUUAAUGUCAAAAUGUCUGAAGGUAACAAUUACACACAGUCUAUGUCCUUCCUACGGAAAGUGUGGUACAUAAAAUUUUACAUUUCUUGGGUCAGUUCUUUUCAAAACACCAGUGUCUAAUGUUUUCAGAUACCUAGAGCUUGGGAAAGCUGGAGUUGGACUUGGACCCCAAGUCAGCAGUUGUUUUCAUUUUAGGUUUUCAGGCAUAGCAAUUUGAAGUGACCCCAUCUGAACCUAUACGUAAUCACUUUGAACAAGCUUUAAAUUUGGUCACCUGCUUGUUGCAUGAGGAGACAGAUUCUGGGCUGGGCAGGACCUGACAAUUUGUUCUCUGAUAAUAAACUACUGAUUGAAGAGCAAGUUUGUUAUUAGAGACUUCACGAAAUUUCUAGAACCCAUGAAAGAUCUAGAGUACAUGAUAAGUGAAACUCUAGAAAUUAAAAACCUUUCUCUUAGCCAUAAGUGCUAUGACCUAUUUUUUUUAAACCCGUCUUAAUUCUGUGACUCAUUGCAUCAUACCUUAAGAGAAAUCAGAAUGGAAGAAAUGACCUUAUGUUGGUCUUACUUUAAAAUCUUUGUGCACAUAGGCCUUAGCACUUUGACAGAUAAAGCUCUGCCUUUUAGCUCCUUCUCACUCUUGUCUUUAUUCUUCCCACUUUUAGACUGUUCCUUUUAUUGGUCGUAUAAAACUACCUUCAGAAUUGAAUGUAUAAUAAUGUUUCUGCACAUGGACAAACUGUAUUUUAAUGACUCAUUUUAUGUGUAAUAAAGGCAUACAGUUUUA